GAUUAGUAUGCGGCAUAGCGCGUGCAUUAAACGUGCCUAUUGGCAGGGGCGACCUGCGCCUUGAGACCUGAGUCUAGCCCGGGCCGGGCCGGGGCAGGUGCAGAAGGUGGCGCCCAUGAAACAUACAUAUAAAUGAAGAGCCUCACAGCGACACACCCACUGAGACGUACAGGUCUCCGCACGGCCCCCUUGCGCGCCACAUGGUCGCCAUUCGGCGCACUGCACACCAAAUUCAUUGUCAUUAAGAGCAGCUGUAUUAGCAACAGCGGGGCCCGGCCAGUGGCGCGCCGAGCCUCAAUGGGGCGGUUACGUGCACACGCUUGCGAGGCCGGUGCUGUGACUGCAGCCGGCAAUGCAGGCCUUAGCUCCAGCCCCGGUCCUAGCAGCCCCGUCCGAUCACUUGGAUUGUGGUGGGUGCGACGAGACAUGCGGUUGGAUGACAACGAGGCACUCACCAGCGCCGUACGGCACGCCGACGCAACCCUGGCGGUUCAUAUUCUGGAUCCGCGGGACCUGCUGCCCAGGCGGCCCCGCUCCGAAGGCGGACUGGGCGUGCCCAAGCUAGGACCGCCACGUGCCAAGUUCAUGUUGGAAGGGCUGAAUGAGCUGCGCCGGCAGCUGCAGGAGCUUGGGCGGGCGUCAGGGGCCCAAGCCCUGGCACCGGCGGGGCCACCAGGCCCGUCAACGGGCCCUGCCGGCGCCGCCCGGGCGGAGGCGGAGCUCAGCAGCGAGUGCGGCGGGCUGGUGGUGCGGUACGGCAGGACCGAGCAGGUGCUGCCGCGGCUGCUUGGCCAGGUGCUUGAGGCGCACCCGGAGCUGCGGCACGUGUCACUGCAUUACCACAUGGAGCCCCUGCUGGAGCCGGAGCAGGGCACAGGGGCAGGGGCGGCGGAGGACCGCGAGGCGGCCGUGCAGCGCACCGUGACGGCCUGGGCCACAAAGCAAGGCGUGGGCUGCUCCGUGCACCCCCACUGGGACAAGACGCUGUACCACCCCGACGACCUGCCGUACGGCUUGUACGGCACCGGCAAGGCGGCCGGCGGAAGUGGCGGUGGUGGAGGUGGAAAGACAGGGCAGCAGCGGGCCAAGCAGCAGCAGGAGCGACAGGAGCGGCAUUUCACACAGCCCGCCAACCGCGACGCACAGCGCUACCGCACGCUGCCACCCGUUAUGACGGACUUCCGCCGCACCACCCAGUCUGCCUGCGACGUGCGCGCCUGCCUGCCGCCGCCCGCCAUGCUGCCGCUGCCACCGGGGCCCUGGCGCCAGGCUGCUGCGGCGGCCGCCACGGCUGGUGGUGCCAGUGCCGCCGAGGCGGUAGCUCCGGCCAUGGAUUCGCUGUGGGGUGAGAUCCCGGGUUCCGUGACGGCGCUGUACGAGGCGGCGGGGCCCGAGGCUGUUGCCGCGCUGGCCCGGCUGCAAGAGCUGGUCGGACUGGACUACAGCCGGCUGUACCCCGGCAACCCGGCUGCUACAGCCACUGACGGCACGGCUGCUACAGCCACCGGCGGUACGGCUGCUGCGGCGGCGGCGGCUGCCUCGGACCCGCGCUCCGCCUUCCCGUUCCGCGCCGGCAGCGGCGAGGCGCUGCGCCGUCUGCGGUACUACGUGUGGGGCAGUGCGGACUAUGACCCUGAGGCGGGCGCGCUGGCGCUGCCGGAAGGUCAGCAGCAGCUGCAGCAGCCCCUGGCCUCUCUGCCGUCCCUGCUGUACUUCACCAACACCAGAGCUCAGGCAGUGGGUGUGGACAGCAGUACCAAGCUGUCGCCCUUCUGCGCACUGGGCUGCAUCACGCCGCGCCGCAUCUACCAGGAGGUUGAGGCGGUGCGGGUGGCCGCCAAGGCCGCGGCGGUGCCUUGCAGUGUGGGAGCCGAGGCUGGAGGAGGCGGCGGCGGCGGUGCAGCCCACCUGCUGCCGGCACCCGCCGAGUGCGACUGGCUAGCCAUGCACCUGUGCAUCCGGGACUUUUGGACUUACACGGUCCUGAAGGAGGGCCUUGCAACUCUGGAUGAACGAGGCAUCGUGGGCCAGCCGGUCAGCUGGCGGAGAGACCCCGAGGUCCUGGCAAGGUGGUGCUCGGGGCGCACGGGCCUGCCGUUCGUGGACGCCAACAUGCGCGAGCUGGCGGCCACCGGCUGGAUGUCCAACCGCGGGCGGCAGAACGUGGCCAGCCUGCUCGCCAAGGACCUGCAGCAGGACUGGCGCUGGGGUGCCGAGCUAUUCGAGUGCCUGCUGCUGGACUCAGACGUGGCGGUCAACUACUGCAACUGGAACUACUUCGCGGGCGUUGGCAACGACCCGCGCAACCGCCGCUUCAAGACCGUCACCCAGGGUAUGCAGUACGAUGAAGACGCCGUGCUGGCGGCCACGUGGCUGCCCGAGCUGGCACACCUGCCGCCGCGGCUGCGGCACGCGCCCUGGUCCAACGACCUCUUGCCCGCCGAGCAGGAGUUGGCGGCGGCGGCAACGGCGGCGUCAGCGGCUUUUUCGGCCGGCGCUACUGCACACAAUGCUGGCGCUGGCAUGCCGACUGUGGGGCUGGGUGGUGAGGUGCCUGGGCCGAUGGGGGCGGCGGCGGCGGCCUUUGGUGUGGUGUUGGGUCGGGACUAUCCGCUGCCAAUCGUGGACCCGGUGGAGCAGACAGGCACGCUGCCGGCGGAGGAGAAGGCGCGCAAGGCAGCCAAAGCCCGGGGCAAGGUGAAGCUCUAAUAGGACUUGUGAGGUGCCAUAUGUCUUUGCUGACGUGACAAGAAGUGCCGGGGUCCGGACAGGGAGGUGGUGGGCCGGAGGAGGGUCCCAACUUUUUCAUCAGUGUUAUAGGGCGUUGCAUUCGCAUUCACUAGCAAGCACUUCGUUAACAGGGCGUGCCUCUGUUUGUGCGUGUGUGUGUGCGCGCGCGCGUGUGUGUGUGUGUGUGUGUGUGUGUGUGUGUGUGUGUGUGUGUGUGUGUGUGUGUGUGUGUGUGUGUGUGUGUGUGCACACGGGAGGCAGCAGGCGGGGUGAUCGUCCAUGAUCGCUGACAGAGGCCAUGUACCUGAUGUUGGUCCGA